AAAACCGGUAGAUGAGCAGGGUUUGCUGUCCAGUCUUACCACCACCACCAAGACUGUGCACCAGCCCAACCUACACACAGGGACUAAGGAUGGAACAUUUCGAGAUGAAGAGCAUUCUGAAGGUGUCUAAGCAUAACUCCCAGCUGAAGUUGGAGCGCUCUACCCAGAGUCAAUCCAUCGGGGCGGUGCGCUGGAACCUUCCUGAUGAGGAACUCCAGGCCCACAGCUCAGCCCCUACCAGCCCCUGCAAGAGCAGCGCCCCCUCCACACAACGCUCAUCGCAACACCCUCGUCAGAAUGGCAUGAAGAACCUGCGCAGUCUGCAGGAGUGUGUCCGCUUCAUCAACCACUGGAAGGAGCAGGUGGCCCAAGUCUGCAAGAGUGGCAGUGAUGCGGGGAAGGGCACCAGUAAAGGAGAGACCCCUGUGGAACUGAAAGACCCCAAAACAGAACGCAGUCUGGAAGAGAGCAGGAAACUCAUUCUGCUGUGGGCCAAUGAGCUCAACAGCGUCGACAAGCUGGCGAAGUCUAGCCCCUGGGUGCAGGACAGAUGUGAGGAGGAGGAAGAUGAAAACAAGGAUGGAGAGGACCCCAAUGAGGAAAUGCAGCAGAGGAUCAUGGAAUGGGCCAAGGAGCUGCAGAGUGCCUCAGAGAGUUGUGGGGUGCAGAGCAAUGAGCUAGGCAAUGUUCUGCGUCUGCUGGGUCUGAGGAAGAAGAGACUGAUCAACCUCCUGCCCUUACUGGAGUUCAUUACUUGGUCACUGCUCAAGGAGGACUGCAAGGGUGGCAUUCCUCAGCUGUGGCUGUCAGCAAAGCAGCGCACCUGGAAGGCAGGCACUCCAACAUACAUCCCUAACUCAGUGUGGAACUGGAUGAUCAGUGCAUCAGCCGAUGUGACCUUUGACCCCAUGACCAACCACCUGUGGCUCCAGCUCUCAGAUGACCACCGGAAGAUCCAGGAGGGCAUCUCCGAGUCCAAUCUGCCCUUCAGUCCCCAGCGCUUCGACACCUGGCCUGGUGUGCUGGGCUGGGAGGGAUACGCCUCCGGACGGCACUACUGGGAAGUCGACAUAGCCAACAACGGCUACUGGCGGGUCGGCCUGACCACGGCGAGUGCCAAACGCCACGGCCGCUUCCCUAUUAGCCCCCAGACGGGCUACUGGACCCUGUGGCGCAGCACGCACCAGUUCUACGCCUGUACCAAGCCUGAGACGCCCCUGCCCCUGGGUCUGGUGGCCCGCCGGUUGGGGAUCUAUCUAGACUACGAGGAAGGACAGAUCUCCUUCUACAACGCAGAGACCAAGUCGCACAUCUAUACAUUCACGGGCACCUUCAAAGAGAAGCUGUACCCAGUGUUUGCCCCGCUGGACGGGCGCACACUCAUCACCGUCAUCUCGCCACACACGGUCUCUAAAUUUUGAAGACAUCAUGGGUCUUUGGUUCGGAGGUUCUCUCCAACAUAAGCUGACUGCAGACCUGGUUUUCCUUUGCCUUUCAAUCACUGGCUUAUUUGGACUUGGAAAACCAGGUAUAUCUGGUUAAUCAAUAAGAUGAAUUUAUCAAUGAAGUACCAAGAAUAAGAGAAAACCAUUGGAGAAGAGUUUGAGCAGUUGACAUUUUGACCCGCAAAGACUUGGGUUGAGCUUGGGCUUUCCCUGUUUCGACAACAGUCGGCCUAGACACUUGGUCUAGACACUUGGACCCUUAUAAAUGUUAAGAGCUGGAUGGGAAGAAGGCAACUUCACACCCUAAAAAAAAUAAAAAUGAAUUGGACAACCUAGAUUUAAACAAAUGUUUGAAAAGCCCCAAGUUUGAAUACGCUUAAAAAGAAUGUAUCCAAAUACUGUAUAGGAAUUGCAUUAUGAUACUGAAACAGCUAGUUAAAUGGAAGACGGGAAAUGUAUACUGAGGAAAACUAGUUAUUUUAAAUCUACCUACAGUAUAUCUAUAUAUUGCAGUGUAUCUAUUUACCUAUAUACAGUAUCUAUAUCUUAUGUCUUUAUAUAUUUAUGCAAUUUCAUAAUCUGUAUACAGUGCCUUCAGAAAGUAUUCACACCCCUUGACUUUUCCCAAAUGUUGUUGUGUUACACCCUGAAUGUA